UCUUGUAACAGGAGAGGGAAAAUGCACAGCCCGACCGGGGUUCGAACCAAGUACCUUCCUCCCUCCUUCUUCUUCUAAGUUUCUUCUAAGUAUCUUAGUCACUGUAGUAUAUUUAUUCACAUGAGAUGACUUAUCGCCGUGUAAAACCUCUAACAUUGUUGGAGUAGAGGUAAUGCCUGCCGUGGGAGACGAUAUGACCUACAUGUAUGUAAGCAGAAGAUGUUGAAAAUGAGAAGCUAGACAUCUCCAACAAGGAACAUGCUAAAGAAAUAUUUAUGAAGGAUAAUGAGAUUGAUAUGCCAGAAGAUGUAACUGCAACUAUACACACAUUCAACGAUGUAGAGGUUCACUGCUACAAUAGUGAGUCAGUGGAAGAAUACUUGUGCAGAAACAGAUCGCAAACGUCAAAUUUUGUCGCAGCAGUGUCUGCCCAUUCUGACCUGGUCCCAGAUAAGUAUGAAGGUGGCCUUACGGUAUGGGAGUGCUCGCUAGACCUGGCUGAAUACUUGACCACCAAUAAGUCACAACUACAGGACACAACUGUGCUGGAGCUUGGUUGUGGAGCUGGUAUCCCUGGUCUCUGUACAAUGCAGUGUGGUGCAUCAGAAGUUCAUUUCCAAGAUUAUAAUUCUGAGGUUAUAGAAUAUUUUACGAUCCAAAAUGUCCGCCUACAUGAGACCUGGUGUCAUUGUCGUUUCUUCUCCGGAGAUUGGUCUUAUUUUUAUGAGAUUAUAAGACAGCAAAAGUACGAUGUGAUAUUGUCAGCAGAAACUAUUUAUAAUCCUGACAACUACAAAAGUCUCCAAGCUGUCUUUAAAAGUUGUUUAUCAGAAGACGGUGUAAUAUAUCUUGCAGCCAAGUCGCACUACUUUGGUGUCGGGGGAGGGGUGCACAUGUUUGAGGAGUUUAUAAAAAAGGAGGGCAACUUUAAUAUAGAAGUGGCACAUACCAUUAAUACAGAAGUUCCCAGAGUGAUACUAAAACUGACGUGGAAAUAGGAAGACUAUGACCUGAUUCCAUCUGUUCGCGAUAACGUCAACAUAUUAAACGAUGCAUUUUGGGGGAAAAAAAAUGAAAAUCACUUCUUUUCUGUUGUCUGUACUUUAUUUUGUAGAUACAGAGGUUCCCUGACAAGUGGUGAUUGGUUAUCAGGUUUAUCUAUCUGGAGUUAGUAAAUUUUCAAAUUGUAUUAACUGUGAAGACGUGAGGUUUACUGAAUGCCUUUUACAAUUUGAACAUUAACUAACAAGAGUUAGACAAACAAUGAUAAUCAACCAUCACAAGUUUGGAAUUUUUUUCUCCCACAGCGUUCAGAUAUCAUAUCCAGAAAACUAUAUGUUUCCCUCGGGAAUACAUCAUUCCCGUUUCAACGGGGAAACAAUUGCGAUGUACUAUGACAUCACAAUGGCAGAUGACGUCGCAAAGCAUCGUGACUUGACGUCAUAAUUAGAAGAUUGACCAAUGAAAUCAUAUCCAGGGUUUUACCCACUUGUUGGUUACCAAACAUAUUUACCAACAUAUUUACCUAACAAGUUUAUCCAAUGAGUCGGGAGUGAGGACACCUAUAGUGGUUGUGGGAGUGAGGACACCUGUAGUGGUUGUGGGAGUGAGGAAACAUAUAGUGGUUGUGGGAGAAAAAAUUACACACACUGUUUCAUACUUGUAUAUUAUGUAGCUUGAAUAUACAGUAUUACCUGUCAAAACUGGCCCCUGUCUAAUCCAGAUCCCUGUCUAAACCAGCUGUGAUUUGAGGUCCCAGCAUUUUCCCUAUAUAAUCAUAGUUAAACCCUUUAUAAACCGGACCCUGUCCAUUCCAAAAACCAGCAUUUCACAAAAGUGGGCAUAGUAAACCAUGUAAAAACAACCUGCUCAUUCCGUUUCUGAAAUUUCUCUGGCUGGCUACAAUCUAAAGCAAACACUUUCUAAACAAAUUAGUUGUCACAGGGUCAUUAUGAUCUGAUUUAUUGUAUAGUUAUAAGUAGUGUGUGUUGUGUGCUGUACGUUUGUCACCUGUGUAUCGUAAUGUGGAAAUCACCUAGUUACUAUUUACAGCUCAGGGUGGUGUCCUACCCGUGUUGUGUCGUGGUCAUCUCUAUAUGUCUGUAUUUGGUGUUGUUGAUGAGUUAUAUGUAAAUUAGGGUGUGAGUUUGUAAGAAAGCAUGCAAGUGUGAGUGAGAGUAGUAAUAAAACUAGUAAUACACUGCGCUAAUUCGCAAUUGGCC